AUGAUGUCAAGCCUGGGGGAAGCCAAAGAUGUCGAUUUACCUGUCGAAGACGAAGUCAGCGCGAAGCGUGGCUAUACAGCUGCUCUUAACAAUCCCAAGGUAUCCAAAGAUUCCAAGCAUAAUGCAUUAGACCUUCUCAAUGAUGAGCUUGACGGGGAUACACCACGGCAUUACCUUGAUGAGGCUCCGGAGAAGAGCAAGGACCCGAGUGGGCUAGCUGGAGCGGAAAAGUGA